AUGGCAGAUACCUUAACUUCUGGGGAUGCUUCUGAAUUAGCAGCUGGUAUGAAAACUGUAGAAGGUGCAGAAAACACACAUCUACAACAUUCUUCCCUGCAGACGGACGCUGUGGGUAACAGUCUUAAUCAUCAAAAUGAUGCUAAAACAGCACCGCAGGUUGUCGGUGAGGUGGACGUGGCACAUCCUACAGCUAUAGAAGAUGCAUCUGAGUUAGGCAGUGGUGCUAAAUCACAGACAGGAUUGUUGGAUCCUCUCAGUUACACUAAAUCUGAAGAGUUCACUUCAGAAAUCUUCAAGAUUCAAAUUCAUAAUCUUCCCAAGUUUGGAUUUAAUGAUUUGAAGAAAAGGCUCAAGUCUCACCUGAAACUAAAUCCCCACAAGAUUAAGAGUGAUAAACGUUAUGUCACGUACGUCUGUUUUAAAAAUGAGCAAGAUAGAGAUGAGGCUCUUGGGAAACUUCAUGGACACGUUUGGAAAGGCAAAACACUGCAAGCAAAGAUUGCAGCUCCUGUAGCUGAUCCAUAUUUGCGGAAGAGAAAUGACAUAUCAGAUAAUCAGAAGAGCCAAACUGGCAAGGAUAGUGCUGAUCUGGCACCUGUAGACUCCAGCAAGGCACUGACAAAAGAGGAAGCAGAAGCCAGACUUCGGGCAAGCGUGAGUCCAUUGUGGGAUACAGAUUAUACGCAACAGUUACAGAUUAAAACAGACAAGAUAAAGGAUGUUAUGGACAAACUGGCAAGAAACCACUUUGUGAAGCAUUUGUUUAAAGACAGAUUUGCCAGUGAAGGACUUCCAUGCCCGCUUCUUCCCAUUGUGCCAUCACCGGUGACAGCAGAGUACAGAAACAAGAAUGAGUUCACAGUCGGAUACAGUCUUGAUGGCAAAGUCAUUGUUGGAUUCCGCUAUGGCCUUUACAAAGAAGGCACCACGGCCGUGGGAGAGAGUACAAAUUUAGGAAUUGCCAUGCCUGCAGCUAUACCUGUUGUCCAGAGUUUUCAAGAGUUUGUAGCCAAAUCAGAGUGGUUGCCUUAUCGUCAGGAGACGGGCGCGGGACACUGGCAGACGUUAACAGUGAGAACAUUUCUGACAGGUGAUGUGAUGGCUCUGAUCAACUUUGUGCCUCGGAAACUAGAGCAGUCGGAGAUUGACGGUGUCAAGGCUGCUCUCAAAGAGUUCUACACCACAGGGGAAGGCAAGAAUGUCAAGAUCACAUCAUUCUAUUUCAGAGUUAUGGGUGACAAGGGCCAAACUGUGAAAUCCAGCUCUGAGUUGUUGUUUGGAGAAUCUCACGUUUUUGAGUCGUUGAUGAACCUCAGAUUCCGGAUAUCUCCUGAGGCAUUCUUUCAAGUAAAUACACCAGCAACAGAGAAACUGUACCAGCUGAUCUCUGAUUGGUGCAAUGUCUCCCCGAGCACGACUGUGUUAGACAUCUGUUGUGGUACAGGAACUAUUGGACUGUCUAUGGCCAAGAAAGUCAAGCAGGUGAUUGGCAUCGAGAUGUGCCCACAAGCUGUGGAGGAUGCUAAAGUUAAUGCAGCCAUCAAUGAAAUAGACAAUGCAACAUUUCACUGUGCCAAAGUUGAAGACAUUAUCAGUAAAGUCAUGGCUUCAGUGGACUCUUCUGAUAUUGUGGCGGUAGUCGAUCCUCCGAGACCUGGCUUACAUAAAGAUGUCAUUAGGACACUGCGGAGAAGUUCCGGCAUCCAGCGGCUGGUGUAUGUGUCCUGUAACCCAGAUGGGGCCCUGGAUAACUUAGCAGACCUUCUCAGACCGGAAACUGGCCGACAUAAAGGUGCCCCUUUUAAGAUGAUCAAGGCUGUGCCAGUAGAUCUGUUUCCUGGAACCAAACACUGUGAGCUGGUUAUUCUUUUCAGUCGCAACGAUAUCAGUGCUACCGACCUUCCCGCCUGUGUGCAGGAUGAUUCUAUAACAGUUGAUGCAGCAACAUGUAUGAAAGGUGAUUCUUCACAAGUUGUUGAUGUAGCUUGUGUUGACGGUGAUUCUUCAGAAGUUGAUGGUACUGUAAAAGUUGAUGAUGUAGCUAGUGAUUCUUCAAAAGUUGAUGAUACUGAAACAGUUGAUAAUAUAUCAUGUGUGAAUCUUGGUAGAGUAAAAGUUGAUAUAGCAUGUGUUGGGGGUGAUACUGAAACAGUCGACGAUACUGUAAAAGAUAAUGUGGCAUGUGUGGAUAGUGGAACUAAAAGUUGA